CGAGUGCGCGCAACAGAGGGCUGUGCACUCGCGCGUUCAAGUAUUUGUACCCACAUGCUCGCUGAGCUCAGUCAGCGUUUGACUCAGUAGUGGCAGAAGGGAUCCAGGAUUUCCACUUGUUAGUAAACUCCACGAUACCGAAAUCAAGUGCAUCCCUUCAGCCAACAUGUCAAAGUUGGAUCAGAUCCUUAUCCUCGACCCUCCGUCUGACCUCAAAUUUAAAGGCCCUUUUACAGAUGUAGUCACCACCAACCUCAAACUGAGGAACCCUUCUGACAGAAGAGUGUGUUUCAAAGUGAAAACGACAGCGCCACGUAGGUACUGCGUACGGCCAAACAGCGGCGUUAUCGAUCCUGGAUCAAGCGUCAACAUCUCUGUCAUGCUACAGCCCUUUGACUAUGACCCCAAUGAGAAAAGUAAACACAAAUUCAUGGUGCAGACUAUUUUCGCCCCGCCAAACGUCACCGACAUGGAAUCAUUGUGGAAAGAUGCAAAGCCAGAUGAUCUCAUGGACUCCAAGCUGAGAUGUGUCUUUGAGCUGCCAUCUGAAAAUGAUAAAGUGAAUGACGUGGAGGCGACCCGAGCCGCCCCCGUGAUGAACUCCGUGAAGGCGGAGUCGUCGGCAGCCGCGGUGCCUAUCGCUGCCGGAGCGGACGACGCGGAGAUGAAGAAAGUGGUGGAGAAGUGCAAGAGACUGCAAGCUGAGAUGAACAAGCUGAGUGAGGAGAACCGGCAAUUAAAGGACGAAGGUUUGAGAAUGAGAAAGAUGCCCCGCUCAGACCACAUGACACCAAACUCGACCAGCCUGCUCGGUCGGGAAGCCAGCGCCGCCUCCCUACCAUCCCUCCUCGUUGUCAUAGCAGCCAUCUUCAUCGGAUUUUUCAUAGGGAAGUUCAUCUUGUAGACUGGGAGAAGCAUGCCAGCCGUAUCCCACGCCUCGGCUCUGGAAUUAAAAAAAAAAAAAGGAAAAAAAAAAAAA